CAUCCAGUCCAAUACUAAGGGCAUCUGGAUGUGGUGUGUCCCUCAUCCUGAAAAAACAGACCACACCCUGGUGCUGCUGGAUACAGAGGGGCUGGGGGACGUGGAGAAGGGAGAUUCUAAGAAUGAUGCCUGGAUCUUCUCCCUGGCCAUUCUGUUAAGCAGUACUCUGGUCUACAACAGUCAAGGGACCAUCAACAAUGAUGCUGUGGAGAAGCUUCAAUAUGUGAACGAGCUGACAGAGAUGAUCAAGGUGAAGUCUCACACUGACAAUGAGGAGGAAGGAGAGUGUACCCAGUUUAUGCAGUUCUUUCCUGAUUUUGUGUGGACCAUCAGAGAUUUCACUCUACAGCUUGAGGUCGACGGCAGAGAAAUCACUCCAGACCAGUAUCUGGAGAAUUCCCUGCAACUCAAGAAAGGUACUAGUAAAAAGAUCAAUGACUACAACCUUCCACGAGAGUGCAUCCGGAAGUUCUUCCCCGCACGCAAGUGUUUUGUGUUCCCCUCCCCUACAACUCCUGACAACAUGAAGCGACUGGAGUCCAUGGAUGAGGAUGAGCUUUCUGAAAGCUUCCGAGAGGUGGCAGAUACUUUCUGCCGCUUCAUUUUCGAGGAGAGCCGUGUGAAGACUGUUAUAGGGGGACACACAUUGACCGGAGAGAUGCUAGGCCACUUGGUAAACACCUAUGUGGAGACCAUAGCCAAAGGCAAUGUGCCCUGUCUGGAGAAUGCGGUGCUGGCCAUGGCUAAAAUUGAGAACCAGGCUGCUAUGGAUGAGGGCCUGGCGGUGUACCAGAAGGGCAUGGAGGAUGUGAAGGACUUAUUCCCUGUGGACAUCAAUCAGCUGUCAGAGAAGCACCUCAGCUCAGAGACCCAGGCCACGCAGGCGUUCAUGAAGCGAUCCUUCAAAGACGAAAAUGGGGAAUUCUUGAAAUCUCUGGCGGAGGCCAUUAGGAACCACGCCGUUGACCUUUUCAAACAGAACAAGGAUGCCUCAGAGAAGAAGUGCAAGGCCAUUCUGGAGAAGCUGUCUGCUCCGAUGGAUCAGGGGAUGAAGGAUGGGAUGUACACCACACCGGGAGGCUAUGAGCUUUACCGCAAUCACCAUGACAACAUAGUGGCACAGUACCGGGCCGAGCCCAACAAAGGAGUCAGGGCUGAGGAGGUUCUGGAGCAGUUCCUGAAGGGAAGGAGUGCAGAGUCCAACUCCAUCCUGCAAGCUGACAGAAAACUGACUAAAAAUGAGAAAAAAAUCCAAGCUGAGAAGAAGAAAACAGCUGAGCUGGAGCAGGAGAAGGCAGCAUUCAAGGAGCAGAAGGCAGAGUUGGAGCGCACCAUUGAGAACAUUGAAAAGGGCCAGGAUAAGUAUUUGAAGGAGAUGAAAGAGAAGAUGGAGGAGGAGAGGAAGCAACAGCAGCAGGAGUUCAACAGGACCCUGGAACGCACGAUGCAGGAGCAGAAAGAUCUCAUGGAGAAGGGCCAUAAGGAGAAGGCUGACCUAAUGAGACAAGAGAUCGAGGAGAUGAAGAAGAUGAAUCAAUUGGAAAGGGAACAAUAUACCCAGAAUCAGAUGGCUCUGCUGGAAAGCUUAAAGCAGCAGGGUGAAGGACAGAUAAUGAUGAUGGAAGCGUUCAUACAGGCGCUCAACAAUAGAUCACAGCCCCCUGUUCAUGUUGUUAAACCAAGCAGUAUCGUAAUGUGA